AUGAGAGUGAAGAAUGUAGGGGUUCCAUUAAUGAAUCUCGUCAAGCUUAGAGGAACACCCAUUCUGCAGCAGUUGCUUCUAGAAGAAAGGCUUCUUAGAUCUUCCUCUGCUAAUUGGUGUAUCCUUAACGACGGAACCAAUCUACCUACCAUUGUUAUGGGUUUCUCUGGGAAGCCUUGUGAACUUGUUGAGCUUCAACCUGUCCUAAGAGAUCGAAUACCGGUUAUUAAGCGGUUUACUGGAGGUGGAACUGUGAUUGUUGACGAAAACACUCUUUUCGUGAGUUUGAUUUGCAAUAGGAAUGAUCUUCCAGAUGUUCUGCCUUAUCCACCUUCUCUCAUGGCUUGGAGCGGUUCCUUGUAUAGUCAAGUGUUUAACGGGAUUGGUGAUUUUCAGCUACGUGAGAACGAUUAUGUUUUUGGUGAUCGUAAGUUCGGUGGAAAUGCUCAGUCGAUAACAAGAAAUAGAUGGAUUCAUCAUACAUCGUUUCUGUGGGAUUAUAGUGAGACCAACAUGUCUUACCUUAAGCUUCCUUCAAAAGUGCCUCAGUACCGGCUGGGAAGAGAUCACACAGAUUUCGUAUGUAGAAUGAAGGAUUAUAUAGAAAGAUCAGUGUUUAUAGAGAAUACCAUAAAGGCGGUGGGAACACAAUUCAUGUUGAAGGAACUUAGCUUGGAUGAGAUCGAUGAUUCUUGUAGAGAGCACUUAGAAACCACUAGACUCCUAACAUUGGACGAGCUGAAAGAAACAUUGGCAAAGACAAGUCGAAGUGAGAGUAUUGCUCAAGCUGUUUAAGUGUUUUAAUACUCUUGAUUCUUUUAGCUUUGUUCUUAAGUUUCAUGUUUUACUGUGGUGACUGAAACUCGGAAAAUACAAGAACAAACUCUUGAUUGUUUUUCACUGCUUAUUCAAAUGCAAC